AUGGAAACUUAUUUUGGCUACGUAAAAUCACCUCAAGACGCCAUUUUGCUUUUUGAAGCUUGUCGUGUUGGUUUUUUAUCUCGUAUACAACGAAGGUUAAGCGAUAAGGAACGUUCUUCUAUUCGUUCCGGUUCUGUAUUCGUUUGGGAUGAAAGAGAAGCUGGUAUGAGACGUUGGACUGAUGGUAAAAGUUGGUCUGCAAGUAGAGUCAGUGGUAGUUUCUUAACUUAUAGAGAAUUAGAAUCAAAACGUAAAUCUAGUUCUCGCGGUAAUAAUAAUCCUCAUGAUUUAUCAAGCGAAGAUACUGAUUCAAGCGAAUCUUAUCAUUCCUCCUCGACCGCCAAAAAAGUAAUAUCAACUGAACAAUGUCGAUAUAAACAUGGUGGUUUGGUAAAACAAUCUUUCAGUAUCACAACCACCACACAUCAAAAAUUACAUUUAAUAUGUUACUACACUAAAGCCGACGUUAUUCAAGAAAAAUUACCAAUACCAAUUCACGACGAAAAAUUAAAAAGUAUUGUCAUACCAAAAGGAAUGUAUCCGGAAACUACAAAUAUUUUGGACAGUAACAAUCUCAAUAAUAAUAACGGCAUCAUGAUAAAUUCUGGAAACAACAGAUCUCCAAGUCCUUAUGCUUGGCAAUAUCAACAAUUACAUUCAUCAUCAAAUAAUACUCCUAACACCGCUUCUUCAUAUUCAAAUCAUCACAGUAAUCACUUUCAUCGUCCUUCAGUUGAACCAAUGCAAAUAGAUUCUCAUUCUGCUUGCUCCACUCCUUCUAUAUCAUCAUCCCCCUCAACCACCUCAGACGAUUUUCCAAACUUUGCCACGAUCGGCAAUAAUAACAACAAUGGUAACAACGUUAGUGGUGGUAAUGGCAUAAAUGGUGCUAGGUUUAACUUUUUCAAUCAUUCUGGAAGUAGCACUGCAUCUUUACCAUUAUUAUAUCCAUCAUCAAACUACGCACAAUCAUCUGAUAAUAAUGGUUAUGGUAAUGGAUCAGAACCGAUUAAUAUUCCAAAUGCUUCAUCAAGAUCAAAUUUCCCUAAUCAUUUACCUUUUCCAGCUUCAUAUCCACCACGAUCUAGUGUUUUAAAUAGUAACAACAACGGUCACAAUGGUAAUAGUGAUAAUAGCAAUCUUCUUGAUCAACAACAACAAAGUCAUCUACCACCUCAAGAUAUCCCUUGGGAAAAAAUUAGAAACAGUGAAGAUCAGCGUCAGUUAAAUGCAAUUUAUACAACUUUAAAGCUUUGA